GAACAUGUCUCACAUAAAUUCCAAUCUAAACCUUAUAUAUACAUAAAUACAUACACCCUCAAUUUAUAACCAUGACAAAGCCUUCACACUUUCUCCAUAAACCUUCUCCCAUAAUUGAACAAAGACAAGAGAACAAAAACAUGAUGUGUUUAGAUAAGCAACUGCAAAGACAAUUAUCCAAUAAUAUUUCUAAUGAAGAUUACCAUGGAAACAAAUUUGCUUCUAUUCCUUUUGUGUGGGAAUCUCAACCAGGUACACCUAAACAUAGAUCCAAUGCUAAUUCUCUUCCUCCUCUUACUCCUCCACCAUCUUAUUUCCAAAAUGCUAACAAAAAACCAAUUAAACCCAAGAAAAACUUUUUCUUGCAAACAUUCUUCCCCAAACGUAGUACUAAAAAAGGUUGUGUUCUUGACCCGUCUUCGGCAUCAUCGAAUUUUGUUUCUUAUUCUUCCUCGUCUUCUUCGUCGUCUUUGUCAUUGUCCUCGCCACGGCCGACGUCUUAUUCAGUGCCGUCUUCUCCGAUGAUACACCCGAGGAAGGGGGAAGAUGAUGAAGAUUUGUAUGAUGUUUCUAGAUCCAAUGUUGGUUUUGGUAAUGUAAGAUCUCAAGGGCGUUAUUCUUCCAUGUUCAAGAAGGUAUUGUUUUGAGAUUUAAUGUAAUGUUCGUAAGCUAUAGUUUUAUCUAUGGUUAUGGUUUUAUAUUUUAAUUAAGUGUUGCUAGCUAGAAUUGGAAAGAUUGUAUAUGUCAAAUUUUUAUUAGUUGUAUCAUAUAUUUCAUCAUUCUCUCU